GGGACUCGUGCGGGCCAGGUGGUUGAGCGGUCGAAUAGGACUCUGUUUGGUAUUGCUGUGUGUGUGGGUGCUGCGACUCGGGGUAACGAAGUGUUGGAAGACUCAAAACUGCUGCCUUGACGAGCGAUGCUUCUGCUUUACUCGGCGGUUGCUGCAGGGAUGGCUAAAGAUAGUAGCAGACCUCACAGCAAAUUAUCCAGACAUACCAGAAGCCAACAACUGGCUGGCUGAGGUGAUGAAGUGCAAUGUGCUGGAAGGCCCAGACACCACGGCGAGGCUGUUCCUGCUGGCGCACCGGGCGCUGGCGCCCGGCGGAGAGCUGGGUGCUCCGUACCGCAUGGCGUGGUGUCUGCAGAUGCUGGACGGGUCGGCGAUGGUGUGCGAGGAGCUGAUGAGGCUGGACGAGCGACGCCACGAAGGGGACCGCUGGCACCACCGAGGCGCCCUGGGGCUGCGCGCCGCCAAUGACGGCCUGUUGCUCGAGAGCGGCAUGUACGAGCUGCUGCGGGGCUACUUCCAGCGGGAGUCCUACUACCCGCGAGCCGUCGACACCUUCCAGCAGGUGGCGCAGAUGGCCAUUCUGGGACGCUGCCUGGACCUGCGCGCCAGCGAGGCAGCCGGAGAAGCAAGGCUGGCCAUGUUCAACUCGCAGCACCUGGCGGACAUCGCGCGGCACGCGACUGCCUACCCCAGGCUGUACCUGCCGCUGGUGCUGGCCGCUGCCAUGGCUGGAUACGAAGAGAGUCUGCUCGGCGAGGCGUCGGAACUUAUCCUGAAGAUAGGUGUGUACGGCCGCUUCCAGGAUGACGUGCUGGGCCUCGCAGCGGGCACGCGCGGAGGCACGGCCGCGCUGGAGCUGGGGCGGUGCACCUGGCCGGCCGUGGUCACGCUGCAACGGGCCACUCCGCGCCAGAGACUCGCCCUCCAGAACUGUUACGGAUGCUCGGGGCAAGACAAUGUUUCUGCGGUCAAGGAAAUCUACGCGGAAGUAGGAAUUGAAGAACUGUUUGCUGAUUACAAGCGUGAAGAAAUAAAAUGUUUGUCCAGUGGUGUGGACAAAAUUCAAGACGAAAAUGUUCGCGAUCUCCUGCGAAUGAUUUUGAACAUUGUAACCACACAAAUAAUAAUGUAGUCCAAAAAGCACAGCAUUUUUGGUUACAUUAUGCAUUGUAUGUUUAGUGUAACUAAUUUUAUGGUUACAAUAUUUUGGUAAGCAAAGGUGGUGAUGAUAAAAUUUGAAUUUUGAAGUAAUUAUACCUGCAAAAAAACUAAUAUAAUUUAUUUCCAGAAUUUUUGUAUGGUAUGUGUGUUACAAUACAUAUAGCUAACACACAUACAUUCCAAACAUAGCAUAGCAGGCCAUUGGCAAGACUGAGCACAUCUGGCUUAAUUGUUCUCAAUUGAAUUCUUGUGAGUUUUUUUUUAAGUCAUUGAAAUUUCUGUUCAUUUAAGUCAUUGAUCGUUAGUAUUACUAAAAAUUGAAAAAUUUGAUUUUUUUAAAGCAUAUAUCACAGUCAUAGACUAAAGACUAUCAUUUAGUGUCUUCUUAGAUUGUUAAUGUUGUAAUCAUUCAAAAAAAUAUUUAAUGAACACUAAUGGUUUCAUAAUGUUGCAGCAGCCAGUCAAUAUUAGCUUUAGGCAUUCCAUUCAAUUACAUACUUUACUUUGAGGCUUAUUAAUAAAUUAAUAAAUAAAUGUAAUUUAAAAAUUUUGAAACAAUGAUGGCUCUUUCAGUUAAUAUAUCUCACCUUUGCUCCUUUCACAACGAACUUGACAAACUUUGCCGUACUAUUUAAUUUCUUUCUGCAGAGCAGUUGCCUCCUCUCUAGGUUAGGGUUUCCCUAAUCUGUGAUGCUUUUCUUAUUUUAACUAACCAUUUCCUUCACAAGCUAGUGAAUCAAUUUUUUUUUUUUAAAAGAUGUGACUUAUAAGAAAAAUGUUAUGUUAACUCUAAAUGUUGACUCAAUUUUAGUAUUGAGGAAUCAAUUCCACAAAUGUUUUUAAAUGAAAGUGAAAAUCAGCAAAUGUUACACCAACAGUUUGGUGUUUUCAUUUAUUUAAAUUGUUAGUCAAAGGAAUCGGCUUUGCCAAACCAUGUGGUAGUUGUGGAGACAUACAGUAAUGUAGGAUUGUGUACGGCAAGGCUUGCAUGUUAAAACUGUAAUUUUGAUGUUAUAUAAGUACAUUGUUUAGUAUAACACCUUAUAUUUCAUAUUACUUUUUUUUUUUCCUCUCCAAACUGUUAUAAGUUAAAACUAAAGUUGUACUUGUUACUGCUCUAAACUUUGAAGUGUUCUUACUUGUUAGAAGUUUUGCACCAUUGCAUUGAUUAUGGAAAUUUUCUGGAUGGACAACAGCAAUGAUGAACAGUUUUCCUGUGUCGAGAUGGUUGCUACGUUUUGGGAACUGGCAUCUGUACCCAUCAGGCAGUCUUGUCGCAGGAAACCUGGGUUCAUCAUUGCUGUGUCCAUGAUACGGGUUUAGUUUUAUCAUUGGGUCAUCUGUUACAUGUCUGCUAUUUUAGGGAUUUUUUCAAUGGUGGUUGAUAAAUUAACAUUCUGUAGAAUUUUUUCCAUGAGUUGCUGCAUUUUUUGUUGUUAAUUUUAUGUACUUGUGACCUAUAUGUAAUGUGAUUUCAGGAAUUUUAUAAAACAAUAUAGUUCAAAGGAUUGAAACAAUUGUAUUGUUACUGUAUAUGUUGACUGGAAAUAAAUGAAGAGAAUACA